GUCCAAACUUGCAUGGUCUGUUUGGGAGGCAGUCAGGUACCACCGCUGGUUACUCCUACUCUGCGGCAAACAAGAACAAGGCUGUGGAGUGGGAGGAGAACACUCUGUAUGACUACUUGCUUAAUCCUAAGAAGUACAUUCCUGGAACCAAGAUGGUCUUCCCUGGGCUGAAGAAGCCACAGGACCGAGCUGAUCUCAUUGCGUACCUGAAGAAAGCCACCUCCUCUUGAAAUGCAAAGAUGAUGCUAUGAUCUUGUCAUGGCGAGUGAAUUCAUUUUGCAGUAAAAUAAGAAGAUUAGACAUUAAUAGUCACUCUGGUUUGAUGGGGUGUGAUCCACGAGACAAUUAUCUUGCGAAUUUCGUUUUCAUGAUAUGGGUUUCAUAUCACUAGGUUUAGUUGGUAAAAUCUUCGUCAAUCUUUUGAUUCAGUUGCUGGAAAACCCCAGUACGCAUGUUUUGACCACCAGGUGGCGGUGGGACUGGAAUGCACACCCAUGUUGAUGAACAUGAGAUCUUUAAAAUUGAUAUAAAGCUUUCUGCCAUGUUGCUUGUCC